ACUCUUCUUUUUUUCCCCUUACAUCGAGCAAGGAAGCCCAACCACCGACGCACCUCCCUUUGAGAAACUGAAAUUCGAAUUUGCUCUGCUCUGUUCUUUUCCGUCGGCUGCUCUUCAUUGUUUGGGUGUGAGUUCUUCAAAAUUCUGAAUUACCAUCGGCUUCCCCUAGCUUGCAGCUCCAGUUUUGCUUGCUGGAAAUUCUGGUGCUGCUAUGGCUUAGGGCACUGGGAUUGAGUUUCGGUAUUACGGAUUUAAGGUAAGUAAAUUAUGAUAACGCCUUCCGAUUUUGAAGCACAUUUUAGCUUGUUUUUGAAGUGGUGGUAGGACUAAACCCGUUUUACACAAGUAUGACCGAUUUGAAAUGAAAUUAUUAUUCUUUUUAUUGAUUUGAGCAUGCCUGCUUGGAAAUUAUUUAACUACCCUGAUGAUCUGGAAAUUAUCUAUAAAGUAUGAUUUUCUGUUACCUGCUGCCUGUUUUGUCUCCGAUAUGGUCAUGUUAUUCGUGUGCCCGCUAGUGGGAGGUUUAUAAACGCUAGCACAUGUCGACAUGUUAUUGAUAGAACCGUUUCGUUUUUGUUAUUCUGAAAUCCUGCUAGUGGGAUUAUACACUAAUAAAUCGUGUGCCUGCCAGUGGGAGGUUUAUAACACUGGCCAUGACCUAUAGAGGAGACGUCUAUUUCGUUUUCGUACUCGUACUUGUUUUUCGUGAUUAUACUGGUUGGCAUGCUAUAAGUUUAAUUAAGGGCUAUCCAUAUUUACUUAUUGAGUUAUCUCAUAGUUUUUCCUUGUCCACCAUUUCAGGAAGUGAAGUCAAGGACGGGGAAAAACAAGGAACGUGACGAGUUAGAAGGCUAGCCAUCUUGUAAAUUGAAUAUAGAUUUUAAAUAUAAAUCAUGAUUUUGUAACUAAACUUUAUUUGGAGAGUUUAUGAUAUUAGAGAAAAUUUUAUAAUUUUAUCUUCAGAUUUUGUGGUAUCAAAUUGUGGUAUGAUAAAAUUUCGAGCCUUGU